AUGCAUAGACGAAACAGAGAAUAUACUGUAAGAAGUAACAAUAAAUUUGAUCUUCUUAAAAAUGAAGAUGAGAAACAUAUACACAGUGAAGGGAACAAAAAGUAUAGUAACAUUUCUUAUCAUAUAAGAAAAUUAUUUAGUUAUUGUGAUGCGGACAUUUUAAGGAUUGAAAAUAAUUUAAUAAUCUAUAAUAGUUUAAUUGAUAAUAUAAAAAAGAAUGGAAAUAAAAUAAUAAAAAAAGAGGUUGAGAAAAUAAUUCGAGAAAAAGAAAAAAAUGAAGAUUAUACAUUAAAAGAAAUGGAUGAAGAAGAAUAUAAAGUAACAAAUUUUGAUUUGAAAAAAGUAGAACUUGAUUUUAAAUUUAUAGAAUGUAGUUUAUGUUUUGAAUUAAUUAAAUUUAUAUGUAUACAAGAAUGUAAUCAUACAUAUUGUUUUUUAUGUUUUUAUCGUUUAUUAUAUAUGGAGAAAAAAGAAAAUGAUAAUUUGAAUAAUGAAUCGAAUUAUCAAGGGCAAAAUUAUUACCACAAUAAUAAUAAUAAUAACAGUAACAAUAAUAAUAAUAAUAAUAAUAGCACCAGUGUCAAUACAUCUACUAGUAAUACACAUCGUAGUUAUUAUCUUAGUAAUGUUAGUAGUAGCACAAGUGAAUUUACUUUUAGAGAUAAUCAUUAUAAUAAUGAUUACUCUUUUAAUAUGGAUAGUAGUAGAUCCAGAAAUAGAAGAAAUGAUAAUAAAAAAGAAGAAAUAUAUAAAUAUGAAUUUGAUAAAAUUAAAAUGAAAUGUCCUUUUUGUAAAGAACAUAAUGAAUAUAUAUUUAUUUGUUUAAAUAAUUUCUAUACACAUUUUACUUAUGAAAAUUUAUUAAACACCUUGUUAGAAAAACAAAUAGAACAAAGUUUAAUGUAUGCAUCCAAUGAACCCUUAGAUUUAUCUGAGUAUACAUCAAGGGUAAAAGAAAAUACAAGUGAAAAUAAAUAUUCAAAAGGUAGUAACACAAAACGGUCUAUUGAUAAAAAUAAAAAAGAAGAAAUUAAUAAUAAAAAUAUAGAAAAUAAUUGUAAUGAUAAGAGGGAAGAUAACAUGAACAAUAAGAAUAAAGAUGAGGAAAAAAAAAAAGAAUUGUUCUUAAAUAGCAAUGAUGAUACACACAAAUAUAACAACUCUAAAGAUGAUUUAAAGAAAAUAUUUUCUUCUUAUUAUGAUGAAGUUAUAAUUUUAAGAAAGAUCUUAAAAAAAAAUGCAUUAUUAAAUAAUAAUACAAAUAAUACAAAAAAAGUUGAAAAUAUGUACUUAUUUUUUUAUUAUGAGAAAUAUGUAAAAUGGAAAAAGAAAAGAAUAAAAUAUUUAUUAACUUGUAUUAAUUCAGAAAAAAGAUAUGCUUUUUUUUCUAAAAUAUUUGCUGAUAUUGAAAAAAAAAUAUUCUAUGAAUAUUUUUAUAUAUUUAGUUUAUGUACCCUUUUAACUAGCUAUUCUUGUUUAGUUAGUCCAUGUUUAGAUUAUUGGACACGAAUUCAAAAUAGAAAAGUGGAAAAAUAUAAAUUAUAUCAUAAAGAUGAUAAAUAUUUUGAAGAUAUAUAUAUAAAAAAUGAAAAAGUAUUAUUAAGAAAAAAAAAUGAUUCCAUAUAUGAUAAAUAUCAACAACAUAUAAAGAAUUUAUUUUAUAUAAGUGAAGAAGAAUCAGAAAAAUCGGAUGACUAUUUUAAAGUUAUUGAUAUAUUUUAUAAAAUAUGUUUUACAAAUUUAGAUAAUAUAAAUAUAUUAAAUCAAUUAAAAAAUUACUCUUAUAAAAGAUUAAAUGAGUUAUGUAGACAUAUGCAUGAACAUAAUAAAACAUAUUGUGAUAUAUGUGUUGGAAAUAAUGAUAAUAUAUUCUUAUUUGAAUAUAAUAUAUUUUAUAAAAGAUAUAUUAAAGUACAUAUUGAAUAUGGAGAAAAAAUAGGAGAUCAUAAAUAUCAAAUCAGACAUAUAUAUUGUCAUUUAUGUAAUAUAUAUUUAUAUGAUUUUGACACAUACAUGAACCAUGUUAAUAAAUAUCAUUUCUUUUGUAAAUUCUGUUUUAAUAAAAAACCUAAUCAGUCUAAAGAAAAUAUACAAAAUGUAAUAGACGACGUGGUAUAUUACGAGGAGUUGCACCUUCACGUUUAUAAAGAUUAUGAAAGCCUAUUUGAACAUUAUAAAAAGAAACAUCACCCAUGCUUAUAUGAACAAUGCAUAUUUGUUGUUUUUGACAACAAAAUUGAUUUAUGCUUACAUUUAGCAGAAAAACAUGAAGAAAGAGGAAGCAACAAGAAGAAUAAAAUAACCUUGUCUAUUGGUGGUGCGUCCUAUAAUGAUAUAAGAAAUAAUGCUAUAAAUAAUCAAGAACAACUUUAUCAUAAUAAUAAUAAUAAUUAUAAUAAUUAUAAUAAUUAUAAUAGUAAUAAUAGUAGUUAUAGAGAAAAAGGUAAAAAUAAAAAUAUACAUGAAGAUAAUGAAAAGAAAGAUUUUAAUGCAGAUGAUGAAGAUAGAGAUAUAAUUGAUAUUAAAGAACAUAAAUGUAUUUAUAAUUUUAGAAAGUUUUAUGAUUCUUGGUAUUUUGAUUAUUAUAUCGAUUGUAAGAUUGUCGAUUUUAUAAAAUAUUUUUUUUCAAUGAAACCUUUUUUUUUAUUUAUUAUAAAAGAAGAUAUAAAUUUAAUUUUAAAUGUUUUUGAGAAUAUAUCAAAUUUAAAGAAUUGUUUGUAUUUUAAUCAAGAUGAAAUAAUUGAAUUAAAUAAGAAUAUUAUUCUGAAAGAUUUUUUAUCAAUAAAUAAUCAAAAUAUAAAAAACAAAACACAUAAUAAAAAUAAUAAUAAUAUAUCAAAUAAUAUUAUGAAUUAUAAUAAUAUAUAUGAUCGAAAUAGUAAAUAUAAUAAUCCACAUAAUUUUACUAAUUUAUUUUUUAUUGUAAAAUUAUUUUUUCAUUAUGUUGUAGAAAAAGUUGAAUAUCUUUUAUAUAAUAAAGAAGAUUUAGAAAAAAAUUAUUUAUAUUUAUUCUUUAAAAUAAUACAUAAUAGAUCAUUUAUUUUAUAUUAUUCAUUUUUAUUUAUAUAUAUAAAUCAAAAAGGUCUAAAUUUUGAAAGUGCCCUGACUACAAUGAGUAAUAUAAAAAAUGACAAAAAUAAUAAAAGUAAUAAUAAUAGUAAUAAUAAAAGUAAUAAUAAAAGUUGUAGUAGUAGUAGUAAUUAUGAUAAUAAAGAAGAUUUGCAGAAACAAAAAAUAGAACAAGAAAUGUGUUAUAGAAAAAACCCACACAUUUAUAAGUGUGAUGAUGAUAUGUUGAAAUAUAAAAUAUUAAUUGAAAAUAAUUGUAAUGUUAAUUUAAAAUAUUUAAGUAAAUAUGGUUUCUUAUAUUUAAUAUUUUUAUUUUUUAAAAUUGAUAAACAUUGUAUUGAAAAUGUAGUCAAUAAUAUAAAACAAAUGUCUUUAUUAUGUAAUGAUAUAUAUAAAAAUGAUAUACAUAAAAAUAAUAUAUAUAUAAAAGAGGUACAUACAAAUAAUAUAUUUACUAAAGAUACAACAACCAAGGAAACCAAAAAAUUUCAAUCAACAAAUGAUAUUGUUAUACCUUUGAUAUGUAAUAAAAAUGAAAAGAAUAAAAAAUUAUUAUCAAGUGCAAAUUUUAAAAAAUUAGAAAAUUCCACAUGUUUAUUAGAAGCCAUAAAAGAACAGCAACAACAACAAGAAGAACAAUUAAAAGAUGAAGAAAACAAAAAACAAGUGCAAAGUGAAUAUUCAGAAUUAGAAGAUAUAAAUCAAUUAAUAAAAAAAUGUUUAAAAAAAAAAAAUCCAAAUAAUAAUAUUAUAAUUAAUAUAUAUGAUAAAAAAUGUGAUAUAUCAAAAAAAGUUAUAUUAGAUCUAUUACCUUAUGUGCAUCCUAAGGUUGAUUUAGUUUCUUUUUUUUAUAUAUUCUUAAGUAAUUAUUUUUCAGCAUAUAUAAAAGAUGAAAACAUAAAUAAAUUAAUUAAUUUAUCAAAUGAAAAUAAAAAGAAAAUAUUAAAUAAAAUAUCAUCUGAUGUAGAUAAUAUAUCUUUAACUACUAUAUCUAAAGAUCUUGGAAAUUUUGUAAAUGCAAGAACAUUAGAAGAAUGUUUAUCAACUGGUCCUGAAUAUUAUCGUAUAAGAAAGGACAUAGAAAAUACACUCAAAAUUAAUAAUAAUAAUAUGAACAAUAAUAUGAACAAUAAUAUGAUCAAUAAUAAUAACAAUAGCAGUUCUUAUAAUAAUUAUGGUGCAAGCUCUAAAAAUUCUCUAAAAAAUAACCAUAAAGAAAAUACAAAUAUUAUUAUUAACGAUGUUAAGAAUUCAUCAAAUUUAUAUGAUAUAUCUUUAUCUUUAAGAAAUAGAUUCUUAAAUAUAAUAAAAAAUACAAAAAUAAAUGAACUGUAUUUUAUUUACUUUUAUGUAUCUACAAUAAUGUUAUCAAAAGGUAGUAGCUAUAAAAAUGUGCGCAAUGAAGAAUACCCCUCACUAAACUACGACAAUAAUAUUAACAAUAAUAAUAUAAAUAAUAAUAAUAUAAAUAAUAAUAAUAAUAUCAAUAUAAAUAAUAAUAAACUUAAUAUGUCAAACAUUUUUCUAAAUAAUAAUCAUAACAAAAAUAAUCGCAACUCCAGCGUCAAAACAUCUAGCAGUAAUAAAACACAAGGCACGAAAAACACAAAGACAAAUAUUAAUUCUUACAAAAAUAAAGUAGAAAUGAAUAAAGAAUCUUAUUUUAAUACAAAAAUAAGUAACCUAGAUUUAGAAUACCCACCCUUACCUUUAGCAGAUGACAAAAAAGAAAAGAUAAACCAAGACAAUGAAUUAUUAACGUCAUCAAAAAAUAAAAAAGAUAAUAUGAAGAAAAAACUUCCAAAAGAAUACUCACAAAUUGUAAAUAAAGAAAAUACAUCUUCAAAUAAAAAUGUAUUAGAUAAACAUAAAAAUUUAGAUAAUAAAAAAAAUAAAAAUGAUAAUAACAAAUGUAAUCUAACUUCAUUAAAAGAUACGAAUAAUUUAUGUUUAGAUAAUAAUAAUUAUCCAUCACUUAUUAGUAAUGAUAAAAAAACAAAAAAAAAUGUAGAAAAAAAUAAUGAUAAAAAGAAAAACAAAAAUAACAAUUCACAAAAAUUUAGUGCAGAUGAUUUUCCUCUUCUUCAAUCUACUGAGGAGAAUAAAAAAAAUAACAAUAAAAAUAAUUAUUCCAAUAUUUUACAAAAUGAAUUAAAUAAUAAUAAUAAAAAAAUAGAAAAAAAAAACAAUACCUCCUCAAUCAAAAGUAAAAAUGUGAAGACUUCAAAUGAACAAUCUUCUUCACCCCUUUCUAUAAAUUAUCAAUCUUAUAUACAUUCGACAGAAAGUAAUGUUACAUAUACAAUUAAAAAGAAAAAUAAGGUUAAGAGAUGUAAUAUAUGUACAUAUGAUAACCCUUAUGAAAGAAAAAAAUGUGAAUUAUGUGACAGCCUAUUAUAA